ACAAAAGCUUAAGUGGAAAUUGUUAAUUAUGACAUCGAAAAUAAUGCAACUGGUUUCGGUCUUGGAGCAGACGAACUCCACAGACAAAGACGAUCUUUUGUUUGCCAAAAACUACUUGGAAGAGGCAGCCGCCGGCAAUAUGUCGGAGUAUUUCACGGGCCUGUCCGUGGUCUUGGUCGACACUAAGAACAGCUCCGUGGCUCGUACGGCCGCUGGACUGCAGAUGAAGAAAAAACUGAUCGGCAAGGAUGCGCGUGCCAGGCAGCAGAAACUCGAGAUAUGGCAGCAGUUCCCCAACGAGAACCGUGAGUUGAUCAAACAUAACCUCCUUGCCACGUUGGGCACGGAGAACACGCGGCCAUCUUAUGCCGCCCAAUGCGUGGCACUGCUGGCAGUCAUUGAGCUGCCCCUUAAGCGCUGGGGAACUCUCAUCCAGACCCUGCUGAAGAAUGCGGUCGGCGAGGGAUCGAGCGAAUUGCUGCGCGAGUCUGCCCUGGAGGCCAUUGGCUACAUUUGCCAGGGCGCACAGGGCAGCCUGACGGAGAGUCAGUUGAAGCAGAUGCUCUCGGCCAUCGUCCGCGGCAUGCGCGGCGUCGAGCCGUGCAAACAUGUCCGCCUGGCCGCCGCCACUGCACUAUUCAACUCGCUGCAGUUCACCAAGGCCGUCUUCCAGAAGAAGGUGGAGCGUAACGCCAUCAUGAAGGUGGUCGGCGAGGCCACGGUCUCCAAGGACAAAGAUAUCUGCGUGGCCGCCCUGCUGUGUUUGCUGAAGAUUGUGACCCUGCACAAUCAGUUGCUGGAGCCGUACUUUGAGCUCGUCACCACCCGACUGCUGGGGGCCAGCGAUCGGUCUGAUAUUUCCCAGGCCAAUCUGUGCGCCGCUGUCUACGAGGCUUUGAUAUAUAUGAUUCGCGAUUCGUCCCCCAACUGCUAUGCGGUGGUGCAGCGCACCAUCAUUGUGAUCUUCGAUCGUCUGAACCAGGCCAUCCAGACCGGCAAUGUGCAUCUGCAGGCCCUGCUGUGCGCCACCUUGCACAGCUUGCUGCAGAAGAUACAGAAGGUGGAUGCUCCCCAGAUAUCCGAUCGCAUUAUGAACGCCAUGUUCAUCGUUCUUCAAUUGAGUGCUGGCAAAUCGACAAAAGUGCAGGAGCAGGCCUUGCUUGUCGUGUCCACAGUGGUGGAUCUAUUGGGCGUUGGGUUCGCCAAGUAUAUGCCGAUCUUCAAGCACUUCCUGAUCGCUGGCCUGAAGGAUCGCGUGGAGUAUCGUGUAUGCUGUGCCAGCGUCGGCAUCACCUCCCUUCUUUGCCGCGUCCUCCAAUGGCAGAUGGUGCACCACUGUGACGAGAUCUUGCCGGUGCUGAUCGCCGGUGUGGGCGACAUCUCACUCUGCCGCGGCCUGAAGCCGUUGAUGCUCGCGGUCAUCGGUCUGAUGGCCGCAGAAUUGGGUAGGCGCUUCCUGAAAUAUUUGAACAUGGUGCUGGACAUAAUGCGUGGUGCCACCAGUCUCCAAAGGGAUCGCACCAACACGGACAACGACCAGUACAUCGUCGAGUUGCGCAAUAAUGUGCUCCUGGGAUACACUGGCAUCCUGCGCGGACUGAAAAGCCUCCGUCAGACGGGCCUAUUGGAGCCCCAUUUGCCGCACAUAGCUGGCUUCAUCAAUCGCCUUGCCCAGGAUAGUGACAUGAGCGACCCGCUAAUGAUCGUCGCUGUUGGUUUCAUGGGCGAUCUGUGCACUAGCUUUGGGCCACGUCUCGGCACACUGUUCGAAACGGUGGCCAUCACACGCUUUCUGGCCAAGGGCAAGCUGUCCACCAAUCCUAGCAUUAAAUUUUUCUGCGAAUGGGUCCAGCAGGAGGUCGACAAAAUCACUGAGCACGAUCACUGAAACUUACUUACAUUUCUAUCCAUAAAGACGAGCAGGAGUUGCGUGGGAGCAUGGCAAACAGGCCGACAAUCUUUGUUUAAUUAUUUCAUAUAUAUUCUUAUAUAAAAACGAUGUUUGGAAAAUGUUCGGAAAACCUUUACGAAGAAUCGAAGCACCAUUAAAUAAUUUG